AUGUUCAGAAUCGCUACCCGUGCUGCUUCAAACCCCCUCAGAGCCCUUGCCGUCUCCUCCAGGACGUUCGCGACGACGCGAUGCGUUCGCUCGGAAACUCGGCCAACUUCUCUCGACGCCUUCACAGAGGAAGAAACAAUGUUGAGAGAAGCUGUCCGCCGAUUCGCAGUCGACGUGGUGGGACCCAAGGUCCGGGAGAUGGAUGAGAACGAGCAGAUGGAUCCUGCCAUCAUCAAGGGUCUCUAUGAGCAGGGUCUCAUGGGUAUCGAAACCAGCGCGGAGCAUGGUGGCGCCGAGUCCUCCUUCACCUCCGCAAUCAUCGCCAUUGAGGAAUUGGCCAAGGUCGACCCCUCCGUCUCUGUCCUCUGCGACGUACACAACACUCUCGUCAACACCGUCGUUCGAAAAUACGGCACCAAGGAGCAGCAAGACAAAUGGCUCCCUCAGCUGUCAGAAUCCAAGCUCGGAUCCUUCUGUCUCUCCGAACCCGCCUCUGGCUCAGACGCUUUCGCUCUCCAGACCCGCGCAAAGAAGGAUGGUAACGACUGGAUCAUCAACGGUUCCAAGAUGUGGAUCACCAACUCUUACGAGGCUGAGAUUUUCCUCAUCUUCGCUAAUGUCGACCCGAGCAAGGGAUACAAGGGUAUCACCUGCUUCCUUGCCACCAAGGACAUGGGUGUCCAAAUUGCCAAGAAGGAGCAGAAACUCGGUAUCCGUGCUUCCUCAACAUGCACCAUCUCCCUCGACGACCUCAAGGUUCCGGAGGAAAACAUCAUUGGUGGUAUUGGCAAGGGUUACAAGAUUGCCAUUGAAAUCCUAAACGAAGGCCGAAUCGGUAUCGCCGCCCAAAUGUUGGGUCUCGCACAAGGUGCAUUCGACAAGGCUGUUCCCUACACCUAUGAACGCAAGCAAUUCGGACAAGCUAUUGGCACCUUCCAAGGAAUGGCCUUCCAAAUCGCCCAAGCCGCCAUCGACAUCGAAACCGCACGCUUGAUGACCUACAACGCUGCUCGCCGAAAGGAGGAGGGCUUGCCUUUCACCAAGGAAGCAGCCAUGGCCAAGUACUGGGCUAGCGUUGUCGCACAACGCGUCUCCGGUCAAGCCAUCGAAUGGGCUGGUGGAGUCGGAUUCACUCGUGAAACCGGUAUCGAAAAGUUCUGGCGAGACUCGAAGAUUGGUGCUAUCUACGAAGGAACGUCGAACAUUCAGUUGCAGACUAUCGCCAAGUUCAUCCAGAAGGAGUACUCUUAA